AUCUACAGAAAUGGAGAGAAUCACAUGUAUGUCUCUUCUGCUCACAGCUGUGGUCAGUUCUUCUGCACGAGCUCCGCGUCAGUAUCACUUUGUGAAUCAGAAGAAGAGCUGGACUGAAGCUCAGAGUUACUGCAGAGAGAAAUACACAGAUCUGGUCACUAUCAGUGACAUGCAAGAACAGAAUGACAUUGAACAGGCCAUAAAGAGAGUGAACAGCAAUGCUGACCGUGUCUGGAUUGGACUGAAGAACUCAUGGAUAUGGUCUCUGAGUGACCCUGCCUUCUACAGAGGAAAUGAGUCUCAGUACAGGAACUGGGGAACAGAACAACCAAAUGGAGAUGGAGACUGUAUUUACAUGGAAUGUAAGUGUGGAAAUGCGAAUGAUCAUAAAGGACAGUGGCAUGAUGUAGACUGUAGUACAACAAGGCCUUUCAUCUGCUAUAAUGGCAGCAGUAAAGGAUUCAUCAUUGUACAGGAGCAAAAGAGCUGGACUGAAGCUCAGAAAUACUGCAGAGAGAGACACACAGAUCUGGCCAGCGUGAGGAAUCAGACUGAGAAUGAAGAGAUUCAGAAGAUCAUAGACCAAAACAUAACUUCAUGUAAUAAAGAUACUCAAGUCUGGAUCGGUCUGCACAGACUCUGGGUUUGGUCAGAUAACAGCACCUCUACAUUCACACACUGGAAAUCUAAUAGACCCGCAUCCAGAAACACUAAUCACGAUGACUGUGCAUUGAUUGAUCGCCAAGGCAUAUGGACAGAUGAGGAGUGUUCAGAAGAGCAUCCCUUUGUGUGUUAUGAUGAUAAUCUGGUUCUGGUCCGAGAGAAUAAGACGUGGACUGAAGCUCUGAGACGCUGCAGAAACAUGGACAUGGACCUGGUGUCGGUGGAUUCGGAUCAGAUGCAGCGAUGGGUGAAGAUCUUGUUGAUGAAAGUGAGUGCCUCCUCCGCUCACGUGUGGCUGGGUCUGCGUCACUCCUGCACAGUGGGGAUCUGGUUCUGGGUCAACGGUCAGACCGUGUGCUACGAUCAGUGGGCUUCUGGUUAUGACAUCGGACUGGACGAAUGUGAUCAGACGGUGAGAUCCGGAGCCAUUCGGACCCGUGAUAAUCACUGGAUCAGCCUUCCUGAAACUGAAGAAAUCAACUUCAUCUGCAUCAAGUACAUGUGAUCCAGAUUACAAUCAGAUUACUAAUAUUCAUACAUAUAAAAUAC